GAAAGGAGAUAUUAAAAAAAUAUGUCGUUAAUUUGUGCAAUUACAAAUGAGGUGCCUGAUAUUGCGGUCGUAUCGCCUUUUUCCGGAGCAAUUUUUGAGAAGCGUAUUAUUGAAAAAUACAUAACCGAGAAUGGCUGCGAUCCAAUUAAUGGCAAAGAGAUGAAAAUUGAAGAUUUAAUUGAGGUGAAGACACCACCAAUUGUAAAACCGAAGCCACCUAGCGCUACUAGUAUUCCGGCAACACUCAAAACAAUGCAAGACGAGUGGGACGCUCUCAUGUUGCAUUCAUUUACGCAGAGGCAACAAUUGCAGACCACACGUCAAGAAUUAUCACAUGCACUAUAUCAGCACGAUGCGGCUUGCCGUGUAAUUGCGCGUCUCAAUAAGGAGGUGGCAGCAGCUCGCGAAGCUUUGGCUACACUUAAACCGCAAGCAGGCAUAGGAGCAUCAAUUGCUUCCACGACUAUACCCCAACCAGCUAUUGCUGCUGAAGCUGGAGGCAUCGCCACCCAACCCGUCGAACAAACCGGCAUGAGCACCGAUGUUAUACAAAAAUUACAGGAUAAGGCUACCGUGCUUACACAAGAGCGCAAAAAACGAGGCCGUACAGUGCCCGAGGAGCUAGUAGCGCAAGAUCAGAUAAAAACUUUUCUCACGGUCGCUUCUCAUCCUGGCUUGCAUUCGGCGUCUAUUCCGGGUAUUUUGGCCUUGGACAUUAAUAGCGCAGAUCACAGUAAAAUUCUUACUGGAGGAAACGAUAAAAAUGCAACAGUCUUCAAUAAGGAUACAGAACAAGUGGUUGCUAUCCUUAAGGGGCAUACCAAAAAAAUUACAAACGUUAUUUAUCAUCCUGAUGAAGAUACAGUUAUUACUGCCUCUCCUGAUACCACCAUACGCGUUUGGAAUGUGCCGACUUCACAGACACAACUCUUGUUGCGUUGCCAUGAUGGUACUGUUACCGGUCUUUCUUUGCAUCCUACCGGCGAUUACGUACUAUCUACUUCAUCAGAUAAGCAUUGGGCUUUCUCUGAUAUUCGCACUGGUCGUUUAUUAACAAAGGUUAUCGACACUGCCGAGGUCGGGUUGACAACUGCUCAGUUUCAUCCGGACGGCUUGAUUUUUGGCACGGGCACUGACGAUUCUCAAGUCAAGAUCUGGGAUCUUAAAGAGCAGAGCAAUGUUGCAAAUUUUCCGGGCCAUACUGGUCCAAUUUCGGCAAUUUCAUUCUCUGAGAAUGGCUAUUAUCUGGCAACAGCUGCCGAUGAUGCAUGCGUUAAAUUAUGGGAUCUACGCAAACUGAAAAACUUUAAAACUAUACAAUUAGACGACGGCUACGAAGUGAAAGAUUUAUGUUUUGAUCAAAGCGGCACUUAUCUGGCCAUUGCUGGUACUGAUGUAAGAGUUUAUUUGUCUAAACAAUGGCAGGAUUUAAAGAUUUUCAAUGAUCAUACAGCCUUGGCUACUGGUGUUCGUUUCGGAAAACAUGCCCGAUAUAUUGCGUCGACAAGUAUGGAUCGUACUCUUAAGUUAUAUGCUGUUGAAUAAGUAAUGGACAGUUCAUGCAGCCAAAUUACUAUUUCAUAAAUAAAAACGAAAAAAAGUGUAUCCACUCAAAGAUUUCAUUUUU